AUGGAUUUCAACCGAGCAGCGCUGCAAGAGUUCAUCGCCCAGCCCGUCUCCCGGGAUAUGGUUGCUCAUCUGGCUCAACAAGCUGCACGGGUCAUCCGCUGCGAGUCCCAUGUGACAACCACACAACAUGCGCAUGGCCAACAUACACCUCCCAGCACUCCGCCCAUGGAUGCUGCCGAUCAGCAGUAUCCCAUGUUGCCGUCCGUUGAAGCUUUCAUCACAUCCCUGGUCACUCGCUCCCAGGUCCAGGUGCCGACGCUGAUGACAACCCUGGUCUACCUCGCCCGUCUGCGUUCCCGCCUACCCCCUGUAGCAAAGGGCAUGCGCUGCACUGUCCACCGGAUAUUUCUUGCCUCGCUCAUCUUGGCCGCUAAGAACUUGAACGACUCCAGCCCUAAGAACAAGCACUGGGCCAGGUACACCGUCGUCAAGGGCUAUGAGGGCUUCAGCUUUUCACUCCCAGAGGUCAACCUUAUGGAGCGCCAACUUCUGUUCCUGCUGGACUGGGACACCCGCGUCAACGAGGCAGACCUUUUCCUUCACUUGGAGCCCUUCCUCGCCCCGAUCCGCCACCGCCUCCAACAACGGGAAGCGAAGAUGCACCAGCCCCGGGAAUGGCACCGAUUUCAAGCUUCGGCGGAACUCUUAGCCUGCCGUCUGCGUCGCCAGAAGCUAGAGGCUCGUCUAGAGGCCCGCCGCCGACUUCCUCCAAGCCCCCAGUCCUCCGCAUCACUCUCUUCAAUGUCAUCGUCCUCAAGCCUGCAAAGCGAUGCUGCUGCAUCGGCACCCGAUACCGACCGGUACCAGCCUUACCCUCCCCGCCGUCGUCCCUCAAACCGCAGUCGCAUCUCAGUCUCUCCUCCAUCCGCUCAGGAAGUCCCCGGUCUAUCACGGACGGAAACCGUGCCCACGCUCUGCUCUCGUUCGUCCAGCGUCGCCCCCAGCACAAGGAGCAACACCCCGGCUAGCCUGCGCCCGUCUAGCUCAUACAACAGCAUGGACCAGGACAUCCAGGUGGUUGAUGCAUCGCGCAGCCCAGGUCUGAGCGGCAGUGGAUACAUCCACAUCCCCUCCGGCACAAUGAUGCUGCCUCUUCCCUCGGACGUGGCAAUGGCAAAAGGCGACGAGAUUGGACUGCAGCAGCCGAGCAAGAAAAUGCGAAUGAGCGGCCACUCCAACAGCAGCGGCUUUGUGGCGCGGUUCUUGGCGUCAGCGACAGGCUCCUAUAUGGGCCACCGCAUGCGGCCUCGCGUUUAG